CUCAUAGCAAUGCCGGAUCCUUAACUCACUGAGCAAGACCAGGGAUCGAACCCGCAACCUCAUGGUUCCUAGUCAGAUUCAUUUCCUCUGCGCCACGGUGGGAACUCCCACACACAUUUUUACAUCUUCUUACACCACACACAUCUUCUUGUGAUGGUCAGAGUCUAAAAUGGAUCAGCAAGGCUGCGUUCUUCCUGGAGGCUCGAGGGGAGAAUCUAGAGUCCUUGCCUUUUCCAGCUUCUAGAGGCUGUCAUGUAACUUGCUUACGGCCCCAUCUUACACCAACCUUUGCUUCUACGGUCACAUCUUCUUCUCUUACCCUGACCCUCCUGACUUCCUCUUAUCAGACCUUUGUGAUUACAUUUGGCCCACCUAGAUAAUCCUUCUCCAGACCCUCAAUCACAACUGUGAAGUCUAUUUCUGCCAAGUAAAGUAGCUUAUUUUUCAUUGGUUCUGAGAAUUAGGAUGUGGGCAUCUUUGGAGGACCACUGUCUACCACAGACAGUGAUUCCAGCCUAACAGAAAUGUGAUAGAAAUUAUAUAAGCUACAUAUUCUCUCUCUCUCUCUCUUUUUUUUUUUUUUUUUUUUUGUCUUUUUGCCUUUUCUGGGGCUGCUCCCACAUUAUAUGGAAGUUCCCAGGCUAGGGGUCUAAUUGGAUCUGUAGCUGCCGGCCUACACCAGAGCCACAGCAACGUGGGAACCGAGCCAUGUCUGUGACCUACACCAAAGCUCACGGCAAUGCCGGAUCCUUAACCCACUGAGCAAGGCCAGGGAUCAAACUCACAACCUCAUGGUUCCAGUCAGAUUCAUUAACCACUGAGCCACGAUGGGAACUCCUAGAUAUUCUAAUCAUAUAUCUUCAUAAAUCUCAGUACAUCCCCUAUAUAAUAGGUAUUGGAGACCAGUUAGCUAUUGAAGAGUACUUAAUACACUUUGGAUUUUAUACUGUGAAAUUUUAUAGUAUUUACCUCAUAUAUUGAGUUCCUUCAUACAAUAUUGAAAAAGCAUUCUAAAAGUGUUGACAGUAACAUGUUGCUGCUUUUUUUGAAAGGACCUCUUUACAUGUUUUCUAGAAAGUCUUUGUAAUUAUCUACAAAGGAGCGAUUUAGGUCUUUUAUCAUUCUACUUGAUGAAUUUUUUUAAAGCACAGGGAAAAGUGACUACACAUAAGGCCACAUAGCAAAUCAGAGAAUAGACAGAGUUAAUGAUGAGAGCUUCCAGUUGGAGAUUUGGGUUCAUUAUAUCCAUAUCUGCCUGACAACUAUGCCUCUCAUAUCUCUCUAUAUGAAUCUUGUCAAGAUUGAAGCAUAUUUGCUUGAUUGAUUGAUUUUUUGUCUUUUUGUCUUUUUUUAGGGCCACACCUGCAUCCUCCGGAGGUUCCCAGGCUAGGGAUCCAAUCAGCCGCCUGCCUAUGCCACAGCCACAGCAACUUGGGAUCUGAGCCACUUCUGUGACCUACACCACAGCUCAUGACAACACCAGAUCCUUAACCCACUGAGCGAGGCUAGGGAUUGAACCUGUGUCCUCAUGGAUGAUAGUCAGAUUCAUUCCACUGAGCCGUGACGGAAACUCUUUUUUUUUUUUAAUUUUGACUGAACCAUAUUUGAGUAUGAUCACUCCAUAGCCUCAGCUGCACAAGAACUGAAAAGUAACAAGGAAAGUGCAGUAGGGUUUUAGACUCCAGGAAGUAGACUGUGUAUAUCAUUCGUGGAACUUAUCUGCAUUCUUGCUCAAUUAUCCUUUGACAAAGAUGCUGUGAUUUCCUGUGUUUGAAAUUUUCCGUAACAUCAGUCACUAGAGCUUAUACCAUCCCACUUCCAGUGGCUGUUGGGCAGUUGAAUUUCUUCUUAACCAAGCAUUGAAAAAAGGCAGUUACCAAAAAUCAGCCUGUAUUGCCAAAAGGUUGAGUCAUUUGAUAAAAUGGGAAACUGAAACUUUCAAAUCUACAUCUGUUAAGUAGACUAAAGUGUUAUUAAAGUGUAAAUUUUGAACCUUUAGGCUAUCAUUAAAAAUAUCAAAGGAGUUCCCUUGUGGUGCAGCAGUUUAAGGAUCCAUCCAGGCAUUGUCACUGAAGCAGGUGGGAUUGCUGCUGUGGCUCGGGUUUGAUCCCUGGCCUGGGAUCUUCCACAUGCCCCAGAUGCAGCCAAAAAAUAAAAGUAAAAAUAUCAAAUGAAAAACAAAAAAAGAAAUAGAACGCAAAGAAAAAUAAAUCACAUGAGUUUCCAGUUCAUCAGUGUAUCAAGGGCAAAUAAUGAAUUUUCAAAUUAAAACACAAUUGAAAAACAUUUACAUAAUAUAAAAACCAAAUGAUAUUAUGUCCCCCACUGGGAGUUGGGGGGGGACAUCUUGGAUGGUUGAAAUAUAGAUUUUGAGAGACACCAGAUCCUCACUGGGAAAAAGAUUUCAAAACGUAGGAAAUCCUAGGAAAUGCUAGUGGCUCAGCAGGUUAAGGAUCCAGCAUUGUCACUGCUGUGGCUCUGGUUACUGCUGUGGCACAGAUUUGAUCCCUGGCCUGGGAACUUCUGCAUGCCUUGGGCAUGGCCCCCCCAAAAAAAAACAAAAACAAAAACAAAAACCAAACAGUUGUUACCAGGCACUGCCUCAACUUCAGCACUGCUUAAGGGGUCGGAAACCCCAAAGAGUAUUAGGUAGGAAAAGAAACACAUAGCCUUGCUAAUGUUCACCUGUUGUUCACAUCCUUUUGGCUGGCUUAGCAGCUAACUGCUUGUUUCUUCCAAAUAGAGCUAUGGUCCCCAAGCCUAUCCCAACUCCUUCUGCCUCCCCCUGCCACUCCUCCCCACCCCCAAACCCCCCUCCCCCGCUAUAGUUAAAGUUCUCUUUUUUGGAACUCUGAUGUAUUUUCAUGAAUCAUCACUAUCUCUUGUCGUCUGUUCUUCAGCAAGGGUAUUCAGCAUUUAGCAGAAUGAAGCGUUUUUGCCCCACACUGCAGGACAUUCUUUACAUUUUGAAAACACUUAACUCAGUGUGUCUAUUCACACAAGUUGUGUCUAGGUAAGUUCCCAGGGGAGUUGUUUUGACGUCUGCAGAUCCAUCAAAGAGUGAGAAAACAGUCCUCUGCCUGUUGCUCCAAGCUCUUGAGCCAAGUUCUCCACCAGCCCUUCAUCUUCAGAAGUGCCUCUAGAACGCAGUGGCCCCUUCCAGGAUCAGGGCAGGCUCUGCUCUGCGUUUCCUCUCAGAAACCUUGCAGAAAGAGCCCCCACCAUCAGGGACAUCUCAUCAUCAUGGUGGGAAGAGAACAUGGAGGGUUACCCAUCUAAGGUAUUCUUGGUCCUUUGCAUUUCUGUAUAAAGUUAUUUAUUUACUUUGUCUUUUAUCUUUUCAGGGCCACACCCAGAGGUUCCCAGGCUAGGGGUCAAAUCAGAGCUGUAGCUGCCAGCCUAUGCCACAGCCACAGCAACGCCAGAUCCAAGCCGAGUCUGUGGCCUACACCACAGCUCAUGGCAACGCCGGAUCCUUAACCCACUGAGCGAGGCCAGGGAUCAAACCCACAUCCUCAUGGUUGCUAGUCCGGUUUGUUAACCACUGAGCCAUGAUGGGAACUCCACACUUCUGUAUAAAUUUAGACGCCGUUUGACAAUCCCUUCCCUGCACUGCCACCUCCCCCCACCCUGGCCCCCCGCAAAAAAAAAAAAAAAAAAAAAAAAAAAACCUUCUGGAAUUUGGAGUAGCAUUGAAUAUAUCCCUCCAAUGUAUGGAUUAUUUAAUUGAAUUUAAUUUUACUGCAUUUAUUUAUUUUUGGCUGCACCUGAGGCACUCAGAAUUUCCCAGGCUGGGGAUCAAACCUACUCCACAGCAGUCACCCAAGCCACACCUGUGCUGCAGAGACAACUAUGCCAUGUACCAUUAGCAUCUCCUGUAAUUUCACAACAAUGCUGAGCAGGUCCUCAAAUUAUUUCCAUCUCACAGAUGGAAAUGCUAGCUUGACAGGAGUUAGUAGUUUACUGAAGGCCAUGGUUCAUAAGCGAUGGAGAGCUAGGCGCUCUCCCUGCAGAGUCUGCUGACUUCACACUAUUUGCAAAUGAGGGAGGGAGGGAAGGGUGGAUGGAGGGAGUUUUCAGGGGAAGGAAGACUUGGAGGAAAAUCCCUGAAGUUUUCUUACUGCUUCUGUAGUUUUCUUAUGUACCCUCUCUCUACUGCUCAGCAUCUGUCUGCUUCAAUACAUAGUUAUUUGUCCACUAGCAACAGAACUUCUUCUCUGAUUUCAGCAUUUACAUAGGAAGUUCCUAUAAAGCACUGCCUGCUGGCUGCCCUUCCCCAGAUCCUGAAUGCACUCCUGGCCAGGUGGAGCAGAGAACCGUCACUCUACGGGUCAUGCUGAGCUCGUACCCUGAUGGCUGUUCCAUGAGGUCAAGACUGGGUCCCCUCCCUCCUCCCAUUUUACCAAUGCCUGGUCUCAUGGGAUUAGUGUGGAGCCCAAAACGAUGGCAUCAUCAACCUCCUUCCCGGAUCCUCGCUCCAAAAAGCCUUUGGGCAAGAUGGCUGACUGGUUCAGACAGGCCCUGUCGAAGAAGCCCACAACGACUCAUGUCUCCCCAGAAAACCGCCCUAGUGAUAUUUCACAGUCGAGCUCACAGGACAGCCCUCCACCCUUGGGCCCCAGCUCAGAGGUGUCUCCCACCCUGCCACCGACACACAUGGGCGCAGACAGCAGCAGCAGCGGCCGCUGGAGCAAGGACUAUGAUGUGUGCGUGUGCCACAGCGAGGAGGACCUGGCGGUCGCCCAAGAGCUGGUCUCCUACCUGGAGGGCAGCACCUCCAGCCUGCGCUGCUUCCUGCAGCUUCGAGAUGCCACCCCAGGCGGGGCCAUUGUGUCCGAGCUGUGCCAGGCACUGAGCAACAGCCACUGCCGCGUGCUGCUCAUCACCCCGGGCUUCCUCCAGGACCCGUGGUGCAGGUACCAGAUGCUGCAGGCACUGAGUGAGGCCCCCGGGGCAGAGGGCCGCACCAUCCCGUUGAUGUCAGGUCUCUCCAGAGCCGCCUACCCUGCCGAGCUCCGAUUCAUGUACUUCGUGGAUGGCCGAGGCCCAGAUGGAGGCUUUCACCAAGUCAAGGAGGCUGUCCUGCGGUAUCUUCGGGCCCUCAGCUGACUCUCCUUUUGUCACCACAGGACCCAGAAAGUUGGAGCAAAGCUGGAAAUGGAGUUAGAGAGCCCAGAGCCUUGCAGGGCCUUGCAUUCCUUUGCAGCAUGUUGUAUGUGACCCUGGGAUCAGAUUGCCCAUGGCCUCCAUUACCGUGGGCUCCCAGCAAGGCCCCAGGGAAACUGGGGACUCCCCCAGGAAGGCCUGGAGAAGCUGGGGACUCCCCCAGGAAGGCCACAAGGAAGCUGGGGACUCCCCCCAGGAAGGCCAUGGGGAAACCAGAAAGUAGAGGCGAGAGGACAUGCUGAUACUCAGCAGUCACCCGUGUUUUUUGCCUCCUGCCUAAUUGGAUGUGUAGCCUGGCACUGUAUGCCUACAUCUUCCCCUGGGACCGGGCCCUGGUGUAGAGGUGCCUUCUUUGCCUGGAUAAGGAGCUGGAAGCCUGCACUGCUCGCCCCGACCGGGUGGUUUCCCUGAGGCCUGGGGAAGCCCUGAACAGAUGUUAGGGGAACAUGACAGUUUUGAUAUCAUUCACACUCACACUCCUGCUGGGUCUCCAGUGACGUCACACACUUCUGAAAGUCACGUGGAAAAUGCACCCAGCACUGUCCUGUAUUUAUUUUUGCUGCAUGUCUGUCAUUAAAGACACACCUAGAAACCGUUCUGAAUAGAUAGGAGAGGACAGGGAGCAGGUGGGGUGAAGAGCAGAUCAGCUGGGAUCAAAAGCCAGUGCUCUGGAGUUCCCAUCAUGGCACAGCGGAAACAAAUACAUCUAGGAACCAACCAUGAGGUUGCAGGUUCAAUCCCUGGCCUCACUCAGUGGGUUAAGAAUCUGGCAUUGCCAUGAGCUGUGGUGUAGGUCACAGACAUGGCUUGGAUCUGGCGUGGCUGUGGCUGUGGCUGUGGCCGGCUCUAGCUCCAGUUUGACUUCUAAUCUGGGAACCUCCAUAUGCCUCGAGUGCAGCCCUACAAAGACAAAAGACUAAAAAAAAAAAAAGAGAGAGAGAGAGAGACCAAUGCUCUGACAUCUGGGGCCUCACCAGGAGUCUGGCCAGAACUCAAGCUUUUACAGUAGCUUCUUCACCUCUGCACCCAGAGGAAUCAGCCUGUUUCUUCUGGGAGAUGACUGUGUACCUUGUAGGACAGGCAAAGUUUUCAUUCAUCUGUUCUCAAUAAAAGUUGGUAGGUAGAAUGAAAUGAAUUUAUUAUUCCCCCAAUGUAUACUUUUGUUUCUCUUCAGCCACUUCCCCCUACCAAGUCUCCUCCUUCUACUGAAAAAAAAUUAGAUAUAUAUUUAAUUUAGAUGUAAUUGACAUAAAAGUUUACAUUAGUUUCAAGUGUACAUGAUUUGCUAUUUGUAUGUAUUGUGAAUAAAAAUUUUAAUUACAAACC